AUGAGACCACACAGAACAGCAGCCCUCCUCGCGGCCUGCCUGUUCACGGGCGGCCUCGGGCAGCCCGGCUUCAUCAAUUCGCCCUGCGCGAACUCCUGCAGCGGCCACGGGCUCUGCGACGUCUACCACGUCUGCAACUGCGCGGACACGUGGACGGGCGCGGACUGCAGCCGGCGCACGUGCCCCGUCGGCCGGGCCUGGGCCGACGAGGUCUCCGCGAUCGCGGCGUCGGGCGUCGGCCACGGCGCCGCCGAGUGCAGCCGCAAGGGCCUCUGCGACCGCGACGCGACGCAGGCGCGCUGCGUCUGCCAGGCGGGCUUCGAGGGCGCGGCCUGCGAGCGGUCGUCCUGCGGCGACGCGUGCUACGGCCGCGGCGCGUGCGUGACCUUGGAGUAUUACGCGUCGCGCGGGGACCCCGGCGCGGGCGAGGUCUACGACUACUCGGGCGCCUGGGACGCCAAGAUGCUGCGGAGCUGCUCCUGCGCGGCGGGCUUCGCGGCCCACGACUGCUCCGUCUGGGACUGCCCCACGGGCGACGACCCGUUCACGCUGGAGGGAAACAACGAGGAGGACCGCGAGUGCAGCGGGCGGGGCCUCUGCGACACGCUCACGGGCCGCUGCGGCUGC